GUCCCUGUGAUGUCUCUCGCUUGAAGCAUUCAGUAGAGUCCCGUAUACGCUGUUGUGUACAAGCUGCGCUAGCGCCUCAACUGCAGGGCCAAUUAAUCUCUCAAAUUGUUAAUAAGUAUAAUUAUUGAUUCGGAAAAAACCUAGUUAAGUUGACGGGAGUGUGAGUAAAGGCGGAAUUUUGAGAUUCCUUGAAGAUGGUUUUGGCGGAGAGAAAUUCGGAGAAUGUUAGGAACGGGCGGAGAUCGAGGGGCCCCAGCCCCAAUGGUCAAACCGAGUCCUCGAGCGAGGAGGAUGGAGUUCCAGCCGAAAAAAUUCGUGUGGGCAGGGACUAUCAAGUAAUCGUACCGGAGUUUAUCCCAGUCAACGAACGGCGUCUGGAUAAAUGCCCGGAUCGAGCUCUGCUAGUGUGGUCACCAACGACAGAUAUUCCAGACCAAAAAUUGGAUGAAUAUAUAAUCCUCGCUAAAGAGAAAUAUGGAUACAAUGGAGAGCAAGCGCUGGGUAUGCUCUUCUGGCAUAAGCACAAUUUGGAAAGAGCAGUUCUUGAUUUAUCGAAUUUCACCCCAUUCCCGGAUGAAUGGACGGUAGAGGACAAGGUCCUCUUCGAGCAGGCGUUCCAGUUCCACGGAAAGAGCUUUCAUCGCAUCAGGCAAAUGCUCCCGGACAAAUCCAUUGCAAGUCUAGUGAAAUACUACUACAGUUGGAAGAAAACGCGAACUAGGACGUCACUGAUGGACCGGCAAGCGCGUAAACUGACGAGCGGUGGAAAAGAGGGUGAGAAUGGGAGUGAAAACGGAAGUGAACUUGGCUCCAACACCGACAGUGAAUCCGAGGAAAAAAAAUGGACGAUCCAUCGCGGAAUACGACGUGGAAAAAACCAAGCUGUGCCAGGGAACCAAGGUGCCGACGGCAAGGUGACCUCCGACUCGGAAAACAUCCCCCAGGUUCAGGGGUCAUGUAGCAACUGCGGCGUUGCUUGUCAUAGUGUUCGUGCAACGCCCAAGGGACACGCGUGUCAUAGCUGCUAUCUUCACUGGAGGCGAACGGGUGUCGCGAGGCCCCUGAGUUCCAUGCCGGGUCGUUCUAACAAAAGAAAACCGCCGCGUGGACUGGUAGUUAAUCACGACGAUCUUGCUGUUCUCGCUGGUCAGCCCAACCAGGCUAACAACAGCCUUCAAGCUAUCGACACUGAAAUUGUUAGCCUCAAACGACAAAUUCAAACGAACAAGCAACAAGUGAGUGCAUUGAAACGAAAAACAGCCGAUGGAAUAGAUGAAUUGCGUCCACCGGAGGUCUCCAGUCGCAUCAACGCGCGUUGGACAAACGACGAGCUCCUUUUGGCUGUUCAAGGGGUGCGAAAGUACGGAAAGGAUUUCUCAGCAAUAGCCGACGUUAUCGGAACCAAAACUGAAGCACAUUUGCGCUCGUUCUUUGUUAAUUAUCGACGGAGAUACAAUCUCGAUGCUGUGCUCAAAGAGUACGAAGCUGAAAAUGGACCUAUUCUCAUUGAUGAUGAAAAAGAGGAGAAGAUGGACGUUGAUCAGCCAACGAGUAACGAGACCACCGACAGUUCAAAAAGCAAGACUUCCGUGAGUGUCAGUCAAACGGUGAAAUAACACAGCGUAGCGUGAGUAUCGCGUUCAUAAAAUUAAUUUAAUUGAAAGCAAUUCUUUUUAUCAAUGAAAAAUCAAUAUGUACAGAUCCAAUUACAUUUGAAUUAUCCGAGAAAAUAUGGAAAAUGUUAAUGGCCUGUCUUAUCACACACUUCAUGGAGAUUAUUCGAGAACCCCCUGAACCCCCUGCGAACUCUCUGAAAUACAGACAUAUGAUUCAUGAUGUGUCUCCUUCUUUGACUAUAACUCAACUAUAACUAUUUUCAAUGUCGUAGAGUUGCAAAUUAAAGGUUUGGGAAAUGAAGAUUGAUAAUAAGUUUUUCCCGUAAAUUUCGUUGGCAAUGUGACACAGUCGUGGAUUGUAUCCUCGCAGUUUAAAUUUGCACGUUUAGAAAAAUGUUAUUCGAUGAAUCUUAAUAUGAAAAUGAAAUCGCGAUGACCAUCGUGUCGCAACUUCUUCUGACAAUCCCCGCGAAAAAAUUAUGCUUGAAAAAAUCUUUUGGUUAAAAUUUCAUUAAGUUUGUAGUCAAACUCCAUAACAAUUCCUGAGGACGAAGUUUCCAUUAUUUUUUUUUGCUGAAGCAAAUGGAAAAAUUUAUGAACAGGAAAUUAAAAUCCAUUGAUUUUUUUUACGAGCAACUUUAUUUGAAAUAGCCCUGUAUUAUUACACAAUGUUUAAUAGAUUUCCAACUAAACUCCCGUAAAAUUACAUAAAAAAGAAAAAUAGAUUUCUCUAUUUUUUUUCACACUUGGCACUCACAUUUCCACAGCAGUGGAAUCUCGUUCGCUGACCCAUAUAUUUUGCCAUGUGGGAAGAUGAUAUUCAGUCAUACAUGAAGAUAUUGAUAAGAAUAGAAAAUACAUGUGAAUGAAUCAAUUCAAACGGUUUGUACAUAUGAAUAUAUAUUUGUAUUGGCAAAAAUAUUGUGAUUGUCCCACACUAUUCGUUGCUAGAUUGAAUAUUUCGUCAUUGAAGAAAUUAUGUGAAUGAGAAAAAUCCCUUUUUGUCAUUUGGCUCGGCCUAACCUCGUUCUUUUCCGUCCUAGGCCUGAUAAGUGUUAUUUACAGGCUUCGGCCUGCUCAGAGCUUGAUUAGUUGAGCCUCCUGACAGAAAAUAAUGUAUGUCAUAUGCCCUGAGAAGCGUUUUACUGACAAUUUCGCCGUCGGCGCGCAUUAUUAUUAAAUUCAUCAGAAAAAUUAUUUCCAGGCCUUAUGACAUAAAUUACUAAUUGCGUAGCAAUAUCCAGAAUUUUAAUCAUGAAAACCUAGUUUUAUUUGCAUCAGAUGCCUCUUUCGUUGUUAUUAUUUAUUCUGUAGCAAAUCAUUAUUGGAAGACUCGGCCAAAUUCAAUUGACAAUGAUAAUUUUAAUUAUUUUACGAGCCUUCCAUGGACCCCUAAGAGGGAAGAUUCCCAUUAAAUCGAUUUUUUUCCCCAGAGAAGCAUAAAAAUGAUAAAAUGAAAUUAGUUAUUAAAUCUAGCAUAAGUGAUAAGAUAUUGUGUGCUGAGCAUCUGAGUAGGUUAACUAUUUCUCAGUAACUGAGUUGUUUGAAUAUUAAAAUUGAAUAUAAAAAAUGUCAAUGUAAAUAUCUGAAGCACUAUUGUAUAUUACGAUAAACUACGCGACAAGAGAUUAAAUCAAUGCAUAUGGUAGCAUACAUUACCAUUGAUUAUACGAGUAUUCGGGAAAUCCUUUCAUCACUGCGUGAGUUGUGAGAAAAAUUGGUUCACAUUUCAUACAUUUUCCUAUUUUUGUUCACACUAUGCAUUCACGUCGCCAACAUUUCUCACGAUACUUGCCAGAGAAGAAGCAUUAAUUAUACCAUUGGUUGACGGCUAUGGUGCAUUUGACUUACGAUUGAGUGUAGAAAAUUUUAGGAUUAAGAGUGAUAAAUUAUAUUAGACAUUAAGAAUUCCUGAGUUAUCAUAAUUAACGGUUUACAAUAAGCUAGGUAUGUUAUCUAGAUAAAUUCAAGGUGAAUAAAAAAUAUAUAUUAAAAUUAA